AUGUGGACUAUUUUUUAUACUAUUCUUCUUAUUGUUUCAAUAACUGAAGCUAAACCACGAACUGAUGUCACAGUCUCAGGUUUAUCUUCUGGUGGUGCAAUGACAGCUCAGUUACAUCUUGUCUAUUCAUCUACAAUUAGUGGAAGUGGUGUUCUUGCUGGUCCUCCGUAUUAUUGUGCUCAGGGUAGUUCGACUAGAGUUGAUGAGUGCUUCCAAUUACAAUCGUAUGUGUCAGCUGGUACUGCUGAUCCAACAUCAAAUCUUAAAAAUGAUCCAGUAUAUAUAUUUUCUGGUAGAUAUGAUCCUGUAGUUUUUCCAGAUAUUGUUAAACUCAAUCGAAAAGUUUUUUCAUCAUUCGGUACUGAUAUAAAAACUAAUUACGAGAUGCGGACUACUCACGGGUAUAUAACAGAUAAUUUUGGUGGACCAUGCGAAUUUCCUGAUUUAAAAUACUUCAUUAAUAAUUGUUCUUUUAAUUUGGCUUAUGAUGUAUUAAAUCAUAUAUUUGGUGGAAAUCUUACUAAACCUACAAAAUCAGUGCCAUUGACGGGUCAGUUUCUUACUAUUGAACAACCAGCACUGAUGAAUCCAGAAUCUGUUAAUAUAACAGUUUUAAAACACACGAAUAUUUUUUCAUACUGGGCAAACUGGUUAAAAACAUCAACGAAUACAUAUAAACUUCCUGGUUCAAUUGAAAUAUCAUCUGUUGGUUCAUCUAGUUUUGAUAAAGAAGGUUAUGUUUAUUAUCCAACAAAUUGUACUAAAGGAGAGAAAUGUCCAAUUCAUGUUGCUCUUCAUGGAUGUGAACAAGGUAAAUGGCGUAUUGGUGAUGUGUUUGCUAAGAAAACAGGUUACUUGGAAGUUGCGGAACUUAAUAAUAUAAUUAUACUAUUUCCACAAAUUAUUGCAACACAUAGUGACCCUUCGAAUAAAGAAGGUUGUCGGGAUUGGUGGGGUUAUACUUCUUCUAAUUAUGCUAAUAAAUUAGGUGCAGAAAUGGCAGGUGUCAAGAAGAUGAUUGAUAGCUUACGAGCUAUUAAUGAUGCUUUAGAUGUAUAA